UCACGCGGCGGGAGGCGGGGCGCGGUGACGUCACGCGGCGGGAGCGAAAGGCGGCAUCUUCGUAGCUGGGUGGCGGACGCGAGCGCCACAAAACCACGUUUGGUGCCGACUGCCCCGAGCAAAGCGGCCAUGUCGGGCGAAGUGGAGCGCGCGGCGUUCCUGCGCUGGGAGGUGGUGGACGCGGCACGAGCCGGCGUGCUUCUCGACGAGCCACUUCCACCGCCGCGCUUCGCUGGGUCUCGGCAAGAGAGGCGGAUGAGUUCCAGUCCCGCUCAUCCCGAUGGCCCCGAGUUUUUCCAACCCCUCGUGGGCAGCCUCGCCUCGACAGCGCAGGUGUACGGCGAUACUUCGCAACAGGAUGAAGGUUACCUGCGGCCCGCCCAUCCGGCGGCAGACGACCGUGUCGCGGCGGGAAAGGACCCACGACAGAUGCAGCUGCUGCCACCGUUCUCCCCGGGCAUGCUGGGAACGAUGCACUUUGACCCCGUCGCUCUCAGCUCUACCGGUCGAGGGACCGUGCCGGAGCAGAAUUUUGAGCAGGCUUGGCAGGCUCACCAGCAGCAGCAGAUGCAGCGGCUACAGCAGGAGAAGAUGUCUGUCCUCAACUUGGUUUCUGGACCGUGGCUCCACAGAGGAGCUGGCAAGAAGCUAUCACAGCCUCCACCAGUGGAACACUUUGGGAGCAUGGGUAGGCCCGUGCAGCCUGACGUUCAUGCAAAGGCCCAUAAUCCUGGCUCUCCUGGUGAAGAUGAAAGCGUGCUAGAGGACGAAAGCAGCUCUCUCGAGCCCUGCAGGUACUCCCCGCGCGGCGCGUCGAGCCCCGAGCAAUGGCCGAGCGAGCAGAGCGAAUUUGAGGAACGCCGACACCGUACGCCGCCUCCCGUCCACCCGGAGGACAGACCCAUCACACCUGGCAUUCAAGGUGCUCGGAGAUUUGAGCAACUCCUGGAGGAGCAGAUGAAGGCUGAGGAGGAGAGACUAAGAGGAUGUGAGAAGCCUUUUGCAAUUGCUGGAGGAGAUGCUGGAGGUGUCGAUGGUGGCGGCCGUGCACGGAAACCAUUUUUGAAACGUGGUCAAGGCAUCGCUCGCUUUGAUAGAGGAAAAGAAGCCCCGGCUAGAAUGUCUCAGGGCAUUGGUGAGGAUGGCAGCUCGAUUGUCACUGCAAAAACGCAAAGAGCUGCUGCCCAAGACAUGUCGUUAAAGAGCACAGCGCCGGUGCAGAAGGCGAGAGGGAGUCAUCCGCAGGUCCAGAAAGCAGAUCGCCAAGUGCACGUGAGCAGGGGAAACGAUAAGCCAAAGCCUUCCGUCGGGUCCAAAUUGGUGUCCGGUGGAGCAGAACGGCCGUACGCGUGUACCCGUCCACCCGCCGAGAUCUCCAGCACACGGUCGGCGAGCAGGGCCAAUGGAGUGGCGACGCAGGCUGCGAGGAGUGCGCAGAGUAGCGCGCAACCCCGUAAAAUGGUCACAUUUGACCUGCCCGAUGACCCGCCCUCCGCUAAAUUGUCUGGCUCGCAGCCGAGAGAAGAGAACCUGCGAAUACCAGCUGCGACCAAGGAGUCGAAUCCACAGGCACGGAAUGAAACGAGGCAGGAUGUUGAAAGCGCUCGAGCGCGACUCGCUGCACGAACGCCGGGCCAGCGGCACGAGGGUCUGCGCGUGGCGGCCCAGCUGCCCGUGUCGUGCGUUGCCGAGUCUUCUUUUGAGACGUCCUUUCAGCGCAAGAUGGAACGCUGGGACUGUGAGCGAGCCGUGGACGACCACGAACUGCACGAGUUUGAGCUGCUGGAGCAAGCGGCGCAGGACCUCUCGUUCGCAAGCAACGCCUCGCUGACACCGACGACGGGGCCGCCGCCGCCGCCGCCGCAGAUGCUGCCGCCUCCGAUGAACCUGGACAACUGGGGAAACUGGCGUCGGCUGUCGUCAACGCCAAUCAAGGAGUCGGAGAGGGCCGUUAUGCCGGAGGGUGACGGAGCGAGCGAGGUACCCGGCGCUCAGGCCCCAAAACAUGCUACGGCUUUAAAGUCCGUUUGGCAGCAGCCCACGGAGAUUGGCGGUGACAGGGGCGGUGAGGUCAGAGGAGUCGACGGAGGUGACGGACAGCGUGACGAUGAACGUGGUGGUGGUGGUGGUGGUGGAGGCGGCGCGGCGGCGGCGGAGGCCCUGGGGGCCACGAAUUGUUCGCCGUCUCGCCCGGGAGUUGUUGAAGACGCAGAACUGAUGAGCGAUGACAGCUCCGAUGCUUCUGACGCCUCUAGCUUUUUAAGCGGCGUCGAGGAGCGUGACGAUCUAGACGACGAUGACGAUGGCGAAAAGCCACGGGCCGCUUGCAAGGAUCCUGAUGGUUUUGAAGAUGAGCACACGUGGAACGACGACGACGACAACGAUGAUGAUGAUGUUGUUGAUGAAGACGAAAGGACUCUGGUGGAGGAGAACCACAUGGUGGAGGAUAGAAAUCACACGCGCCUGGAGGGCUCGGAGCAACGAGCAGUCACGCGCAAGGUGGCACAGUGCAGGACAGUCGACAGGACAGACUUGGGCGACUUUCACAAUGGGAAGGUGUCUCCUAAUGCACCGCCAACAUCUGGACUCGUGGCGAAACUUUUCCCGGCACUUAAACCGCCCAAGAAAGACGUUGUUGCUGCCCCUGCGGCAGACGUGGGGCAGUCGCGGCUGCUGCAGGAGCGACUGGCCGAGCUGGAGGCGGAGAUUGCACGCUUUCGCACCGAGAACGCAGCCCUCGCCCGCCUGCGCGCCGAGCACGAGGCCUCGCUGGAAACCCUACGCAAGGAGAGGGAGGCGUUCGAGAGGCACAGGGCGGAGGGGGUGGCCCAGCUCGAGGCUGAGCGGCUCGAGGGGCAGCAGCGGCUGCAGCGCGAGAGGCGGAUCUUCCAGAAGCACGCGGCGGCCGCCCGGGCCAUCCCCGAUAAACAGCAGCGCAACGAGGCACAGACCCUGCGCCAGCAGCUGGCCGAGCUGCAGGACGAGCUGCGCCGGCGGGAGGCGCGCUGGGUGGCCGGGCAGGCGCGCUCGCGGGAGCAGCUACAGGCGGCCGAGCGUCUCAACGCCGAGCUGCGGCUCGAGCUCGGCACCGCCGAGCGCCUGCGUCUGCAGGCCGUGCGGCGGCGCGGGGCCUCUGGGUGCAGCGGCGGCGCCCCCGCGGGAGGAGCCGCGACGGGCAGGGAGGCGGCCGCUCCGCAGGCAAGGCUGGGACGCAGGACGUUUUGGGCAGCAAGCGAUCAGGAUAGAAACCGAUUUGAAGUUGGGUGCCGUCGGCCGUUUAACAAAAAGCAAGACCAAAUCGUACGUCUAAAAUUCGUAAGCAUUCCACAGUGUUCUCCGAAGAUUUGGAGAGAACGGAAGGGACAGGCCGAGUGGCUCGGGGAACGUUCAGUGGUCUGGCAUUCGUUCAACGCUGCCACGUGUAUAUCUCGCCAGGUUCUGGGAUCCCAGAAGUUGGACGUGUGUCCACAGCUCGCCGCUCAUCCUGCCAAUGGCGCUCAGACUAAGGUGGCGGCGGGUCACCUUCCUGCGAGUGAUGCGGCCAAGGCUGGCGCCCUGAAGCCAAAGUCCUCGUCUCUCAAGUCGCAGGCUCCCAGCCUAGGAGCCCAGAAGGGCGCGGAAACCAAAGUGGGGAGGCCCAGCCAAGCUGCGUCAGCUGCUUCCAGGACCACGAGGCCGGACUUGAGUUCAACGGGAGCGGGGGCGGCGGCGGCGGCAGCGGAGGACACCCCACGCACGGCCACCCUGAAAGCCGCCACUCAAGACUCGUCGCAUCCCUUCGACACCUCUCACCACAAACCGGAGGGCGGCGGUGGCAGCGGCGAAGGUGUGGAGCAGUCUCGCGACUGGGGUGCGGCCUCGCUGGAUGGGAGCAGGACCGCGGACGAGGAGGUGCUGGAAGAGGUUACGCAUCCCGAUGGCAAGGUGGAGGUGGUGUCGCGCGGGGGCCACCGCACGCUGCGCUUCCCCAACGGCACGCGCAGGGAGGUGAGCCCCGGGGGCCGCUCCGUGCUCGUGGCCUUCUUCAACGGAGACGUGAAGCGCGUGCUGCCCGACCAGCGCGUGAUUUACUACUAUGCAGAUGCUCAGACCACACAGACCACUUUUCCGGACGGUUUGGAGAUUCUGCAGUUCCCGGACAAUCAGAUCGAGAAACACUACCCGGACGGAAGCAAGGAGAUCGUGUUUCCAGACCAGACCGUGAAGCACCUGCAUGUGGACGGGCGCGAGGAGACGAUCUGUCCAGAUGGCACCGUCGUUCACACUCAGCCCAACGGCGACCGCGAGAUGGAGUUUGCGGACGGGCAACGCGAGGUGCACACGGCGCGCUACAAGCGGCGUGAGUACCCAGACGGCACCGUCAAGACGGUGUUUCCCGACGGCCGCCAGGAGACACGUUACGCCUCGGGGCGCCUGCGUCUCAAGGACAGCGCCGGCAACAUCGUCUUCGACGGCACCGAUGCCAACCGCGAUUAGCGCGGGUUUGGCUACGUGCGGCGCGGGGGGAGAAGUUGCAACGUGCGCACGUACGUUCGCGGUGGCCCACCGUGCCUGGCUCAAGCCCCGUCACGUGAGCUGGGCCGGUGGCAUGCCGUGGCACGAUGGGCCAAGUUUUGUGGCGCGCUGUGGCGGUGCCGGUUGGUGCUGCUUCCUGCUCUCUGGCACAGUGGCAUGCCGCGGAAAGCUCUGGCAUGCUUUGGUACGUCACGGUACUCCGAGCAAGCCGUGGCACACUGAAAAUGGUCACGGUUAUAGACACGGUUAAAACGCAAUAUGAUACAGAGGCAUCAUCUCAUACAAUUAAAGUAAAACCUUCGAUCGAUCUCUUUCAAAAUGCUCAAUGCAUCCACUCAGGUACAUGCCAAUUCAGAUCGCUCAUCUCAUCCAAGACAGAUCCUGAACCCUUGACACAUUUAUUCCCACAAGCCUUUUGUCAUAUUCCAUACAGAUCUUUUGACUCAUCUGAAAUUGGUUCCUUGUCUAAAGCAAUAGAACAGUAGUUCUGAACUUCCCACCCACAUAGCCUGCCUAUAGCAGGGCACAGAAGGGCAUUGUUUUUUUUUUAAGUCUACCACCACCCGGCAGAGUACACUCGCUGAAACCGAUGUAUGAAGAAGAAGAAGAAGGUGAAGAAGAAGAAUGUGAAGAAGAAAAAUAACCCCACUGGCACAUUUGUUUAAAAAUGUUUUUUUUUAUAAUAAUAAUAGUGAUGCAAUAGUUGUGCACAUUUCUGUCGUGCCUUUUGUCAAAGAGCCAGCACACGGUGCCUUAUCGCGUGCCGAGUUGUACGUCACAUUGCACUGCAGCUCCUCGAUUGGGAUUGCAAAACUUGGCGGCAACCUCCCGACAAAGAGCCUUGAGACUCGGGGCGAGGCUUUCACGGCUGAACCAAGCCGAACAAAAACUAACGACGAUACAAUAUUCAACCGUGAGCCACGGCUUCCUCAUCUCGUAUAAGCCGUGCUCGCUGAAGGAAUGACAACGUGACUUAAGAUCAAAGAAGGGCAAUCCUGAAUGUGUCAUAAAAGAUGGCUUCAGAAUUCAGGCGCUAAUUUGGCAGAUGUCUGCGUUGCGGAUGUCCGCCAGAGAGGGUGGCGAGGCUAUGAAGGAGGCCCGAGUCGGCCGAUCCUCUUGUGCCUGAGAUGGGUCAGUAAGGGUUCGUGAGUUUCACGUAACAUUCAGGUUCAAGUCCGUGGGAUUGCUUUACACAUGAGUAUCAAGAGUUUGAUAUGUAGGUAUGCAUUCCUUCGCUGGAAAUCGAUGCAUAUUUUUUUUACAGAACAAGCUGCUUAUCAGUGACUGUUCAUUCACGAUAUGAUUACAGCUGAACUUGGGUUCAUUGUAUGCAAACAGAUUAGUCGAAUGUAUAAAUUAGGUCACAGUGUGUCCCUGUUUGCAACGAGCAUGAGGCAGAGCCCGUGUCUGCUGCUGGUCUUGAGCCAAUGUUGCCUCUGGAGGAUGACCACUGCGACGAUGGGUUAAGCCAGGAGCUGGCAACGAAAACAACGGGGUGAGUUAAUUUGUUUCGAAUUCUGUAAAUAACAAAACAAAAAAAACAUUUCGAGAGGAGCCGCAAUGCGAUGUGAACACGAGACGGCGCUCCUUCAUAAAUAACGUCACGAAACAGUUCCUUGAGUAGCCGCAUGCGGCCCUGGAGCCGCAGGCUGCCGACCCCUACCCAUGGUGAAAUGGACUUCCAUGGUCAGGGGGUCGGCAAUCAAAAUAACAAGUAGACCCUUUGGUUUUUCUGUAAAGUCACCUAGAAAUAAUAAAAAAAUAAAAUUAUAUAAUAGCAUACGACGU